AUGGUGCCGUCCGCGAUGAUCUCCGUGAUGCAUGAACUUCUUGUUGCUCUGUCCUCCACGAUGAAGCGGUACUACGACAAGGCCACCAUGGGCAUCGUGAUGGUACAGGUGCCCACCAGUCUCAUAGACGAUGGCGGGUCCCGUUCUGGUGAGCGAGAGACCCCCUGGAUUUUCAAGCGAUGCAGCACCGAGGCUUCCAAACUGAUCUCUUUGCUCAUGCUGCCCAUGCAUGGGUCGGUGGCGUUCCGCAAGCUUGGUCUGGAGGUCGACCCUGCCGCAGUGGCCAAGAAACAACAGAUGCAGGAAAAGAAAGCCGCCAAGGAUGUGUCCGUAAAGUCCCGAGUGUUUGCCGAGCUGCGUGCGAAGCUGCAUGAGAACGAACAGUUGCAGACGGAUCCUGUGGAUGAGGCUGAAACCUUGGAUGAUGCUGCCGAGGAUGUCGAAAUGACAGAUGACGUGGACAACGAAGAUCCCGAGGGACGGCUCAAUCCGCGAAAGCGGAAGAUGACGGAUCAGCAGGCCCAGGGCGGAGGAGUGGAGCUCGCAUCCGGCUCCGGCAAGAAGGCAAUGCUGAAGAGCUUGGGCAGCGGGUAUACCGAGGAGGAGAAGAAACUAUCCACGGCCGUCAAACAUUCGCUGGACAUGCAGGAGCAGCGGCCCAAAACGGCACUGGAUGAUUUCCUCUGCGCCAUGAACUUUGUCAUGGAUGAGAUCAGGCAGGAGUGCGAAAUUGCCUGGACGGAGUCCGGCCUCACGGGAAAGCCAUUGAAGGACCUUGUUUGUUUUGUCAUUGCCUGCCAUGAUUCAUAG